CCCUCGCGGCUCCUCGGCGGCGGCGGCGCGGGCGGCGGAGCCUGGAAUAUGGUCGGGGAAAUGGAAACGAAGGAGAAGCCGAAGCCCACCCCGGAUUACCUGAUGCAGCUGAUGAACGACAAGAAGCUCAUGAGCAGCCUGCCCAACUUCUGCGGGAUCUUCAACCACCUCGAGCGGCUGCUGGACGAAGAAAUCAGCAGAGUCCGGAAAGACAUGUACAACGACACGCUCAACGGCAGCGCAGAGAAGAGGAGCGCAGAGCUGCCCGAUGCCGUGGGGCCUGUUGUUCAGUUGCAAGAGAAACUCUAUGUGCCUGUAAAAGAAUACCCGGAUUUUAAUUUUGUUGGGAGAAUCCUUGGACCUAGAGGACUUACGGCUAAACAGCUCGAAGCAGAGACAGGAUGUAAAAUAAUGGUCCGAGGCAAAGGCUCAAUGAGGGACAAAAAGAAGGAGGAACAAAACAGAGGGAAGCCCAAUUGGGAGCAUCUCAAUGAAGACUUGCAUGUGCUGAUCACUGUGGAAGACGCUCAAAACAGAGCAGAGAUCAAGCUGAAGAGAGCCGUUGAGGAAGUGAAGAAAUUACUUGUACCUGCAGCAGAGGGAGAAGACAGCUUGAAGAAGAUGCAGCUGAUGGAGCUUGCGAUUCUGAAUGGCACCUACAGAGAUGCCAACAUUAAAUCACCAGCCCUUGCCUUUUCUCUUGCAGCAACAGCCCAGGCUGCUCCACGGAUUAUUACCGGGCCUGCGCCUGUUCUCCCACCAGCCGCCCUGCGUACUCCUACGCCAGCUGGUCCUACCAUAAUGCCUUUGAUCAGACAGAUACAGACCGCCGUCAUGCCAAACGGAACUCCUCACCCCACUGCUGCAAUCGUUCCUCCAGGGCCUGAAGCUGGUUUAAUCUACACACCCUACGAAUACCCCUACACAUUGGCACCAGCUACAUCAAUCCUUGAGUAUCCUAUUGAACCUAGUGGUGUAUUAGGUGCGGUGGCUACUAAAGUUCGAAGGCACGAUAUGCGUGUCCAUCCUUACCAAAGGAUUGUGACCGCAGACCGAGCCGCCACCGGCAACUAACCUAUGACCUUCUGACCUCUGAACUCUUCACCCAAUGAUGACCUGACCAUGCCUGCCUGCUGAUCAGUUAACUGGUAAUCGCCUUUGCUUGCCUGUCGUCAGUGCAGCGAGCUGAGGCACUUGUCCGUUCGUCUUACCAUCUAACCAAACAAAAGACAAAGAAAUCGUUGUCCUCCAACUCAGCUUUCGUUGUUGUUUUUUCUGUUUGGGUGAAAGUGGUUCUAGAACCUGCACUGAAUAGUAGCAAAGCAAUAAGGCCCAAUUCAUCCCACAGCACUGAUCAUCUUUACUGUCCCACUCUAAGCGAACGGUAAGAAGGCCUCACUUCGGAAGGGGAGACAGAUAGCCCUAACUACCCGGUGACAGAGGCAGUUACUGUGAGAGACUUUUAGGAACCCCUUCUCAUAGCAAGUCGCAGCUCUCUGAAUGUACUGUGUGGUGAUGCAUCAUGCAUGAACCUUCGGUCAGGGAUGUCAUUGGUGAAGUGAUCUCAAAAGUAUUCAAAAUUUGACACGCUGUUCAGUCACUACAUGCCCUCACAGGGCACGAGUCGCAGCCUUUUUAGUUGCUGCCCAAAUCUGAAGUAUUCGAAGUGUGCCAUGAGAGAAAAGCUAAUAAGGAGUUUGAAAAGUAAUGCAAAGGACAAAACUGCAACACUAUUUUUAAAAAGAUAACUAUCUGAGUUAAAUUUACUGAACCUUUAUCUUACACCUCCUUCAGAAAUAUGCGAGAGCAAGGUACAUGCAUUAUGUGUCACAUUACUGGGCAAACUGUUCAAAUAUUUUUUUUAAACCUCCCUGUAUAGAAAAAAUCAUUAAGGAUGUAAAAGCCAUGCUUGCCUAUUUGCUGUACACAUGUAAUGAACUUGUAGAUAAAGUGUAGUGCAUUGAAACACACGAACAAAGUAGAUACUUUUACUAUACAAGGGUGCUGGUGCAGAACAAAUAUAUAUAUUUUUGGAAAUGUAGCAUUUUAUACUUUCAAGUGUUAUAAAAAAAAGAAAAAGAACAAAGAAACCCUUUAUUUCAUUAAAUGAUUUUUUCUGGUGGUUGUCAAGAAACAAAAGACCAAAAGAGCCUUUUUGUCUUUCUUUUUUAUUUUUUAAGUAUUGGAAUAAGUCUAAAGACAAGAAAGUGCCUUAUUUUCCUUCAUGGUCAUUUAGUCAAGUGUCUCGUAAGAUCAGCUCCUCCCUCAGAAUACAAGUCAGUGCAUGUUACUCAGUCGCCCAGUAUGUGAAAGAAGAUUGGAGGGGAGAGAAAUGAGUUGAUGGUUGAAUUGUGUGAUUUUAGCCACAUAACCUUGAUGCAAAUUUGCCAAAUCUGAUACUGUGAAAAAAAUUGAUAAUUUUUCUAAUGCCUGACAAGUUUUUAAAGUCAUUCUUUUAAAACAUAAUUGAGUGCUCUGGUUAUUGUAAUGUUUAAUGUUAGCCCCAAAGAUUCUGAGAUAAAGAUUUUGUGUGAUCUGAACAUAAGUUCACAGAAAAAAUUACAGAGUUUUAAUUUAUUUGGAGAAGGGGAGGGCAUGGGUGUGUGUCUUGGAUAUUUUCUUAUUAAUUGGAGAUGAUAUGCCAAGAUGUCAAAGUCAUCUUUGUUUUGAUAAACAGUCAUAUCUGUGGUUUUCUUUCUGGAAGACAAUGUGUUUAAAUGACCCAAAUUUAAUCAGACUACUUGUCCGCACACCAGUGACUUGGGUAGUUCAUCUCUUCGCUGGUUUUGGUAACUUACCUAAGCCACCCCACACACCUUUCUCUUUUUAACUUUAAAAGAAUGUGAAAAACUAGCAUCAUUGUGCAAAGAAAUACUCAACUACACGUGCUCGUAAGCUUCCAGCAUCUCCAGAAGUUCAGUUAGCUUUGUAGUGGAAGCAGUUUGUGCACAGUCUACUUCUGAACACGGGAGUAAACAAUUAUUAAUGGCUCAGUACCAGACGUGGCAAAUCAAGGGCGGUGGCCCGGCUCAUCAGCUCGUCCCCUCCCCACACCCCCGCAGCUUCACGGUCACAGGUCAGCAGUGAGCUUGGUAGCACCUCGUGGUGGUCUCCGCCAUCUUGUCUCACUUGGAAACCGUUUUCAGUUUCUUUACUAUGCAAUAGACAUUCAUUGUUUUAUAUUCAGCUAGCUUCGGUUUAAUGUGCCACUGCUUUGUCUUUCUGUUACACAUACAGUUGUUUUGAUUAAUUGACAAUAUAUGCUGUGCCAUUUUGAUUUUUAUUUUGUUUGGUUGGUUGAAUAAAUUUGCGACACUCAAAACACUUGAGGUGAUAGUAGUCUAAAAACGAUACCAGUAUUUGAUCCAGUUUCAUCUCAACUACGUUAUACCUGGACAUUUUAGAUGUUUAUCAAAGGUCUUUUUGGGGGAAGAAAGUAAAUGUAUGAAAUAAAUGUGUGACAUUUAUGAGUAAUGUUGGCUCUGGACAAACUUCUAAAAACUUAGUUGACAAAAUUUUGGAUCAACUGAAAAAAAGCAUGACUUUUGAAAUCUCUGAAUGCCUUGGUUCUCAGUAUUAUUCUUUAUUGAAUUUAUUUCUUAUUAAAAUAUGUAGUUUUUAAGACUUUUUUUCUGACAGUAUUAUGAAAUUUUUAGUGUGGGUAGAUGGGAGUGUCGCUUGUAUGUUCCCGUACAGCUGACAUGUAUUUUGUCUAUUCUUUGUUACCUUAGUAGUUUCAUGCUGUGUAUGUACCAUAACCAACCUAUUGCCUAUGAGAAACAUGUAAGAUAAUGUAUUUACAGCCAUUGUUACAAGUUUAUAAUGUAUUUUUCUAUCUUGUUUUAUAUGUAUGUUAUAUAACAUUCAAAAAGAAUUUUUUUCUUGAUUGAGAAAAGGAUACAAAAUGCAAAAUUCACAAUUUUGAUAACUGAAUAUUGCCAAUUGUUUUGCAGUACUUUAUUAUAUUGGGAGUCUUUGUCUUUCUUGGGCUUUUAGUUAGCUAAUGAAUGAAUACAUUAGACACUUUGGGUUUUAGUUGGGAUUUUACAUAGCUUGCAUUUUAAUUCUUUGGUUCUUUGCUGUUUCUAUUAACCCAUAGCAUUAUUUUAAUAAAUGUUAUAUUACCAACCUACUAACUCUGGACUUUGUUUAUUAACCUUUACGUGUUUAAUUAAAAUAAACAAAUAAAGACAAAACCAUGUUCAGGUCUU